AUGUUUGGGAAAAAGUCAUCAUCGAAGUCAGGGAGAGAUUCGUCAAGUCCUAAAGCUAGUCCAAGGGCUAGUCCGAGGUCAAUAGACGCCCUUCCUGAAGUUGCUCUGGCCGCCAUUGCGACGUACAAAAAGCAAAAGGAAGUAGGCGACUUUAUGACUUUUCUUCUAGCGGCGCUCGAACGGAAUUCAGAGUGGCUCAAUGCUCUCGUAGGCAAGCAAGCUAACUUUAAAUGCGCCCUCAUGGUCGGUGCCGGACCGAAUAGAUUUCAGCUGCAGGAAGUAAUCUAUCCGACUAGCGAAGCCUGUGUCAAACUAGAAGUGGAACUUCGAGAUUCCGAAGAUUACGACAAGUUGGCGAUCGCUGCGAUCUUGAAACUAUCUAACGUCGAAAUCGACAAUUUAUUGCGGUAUAUGAAAACGCGCCUCCACGAAAAUAUCGUUUUAAGAGACGAUCUGAUUAGAGGUAAGGCGAUGGGCGUCACGUUUGCUGUUCUAAGGCCGUUUUCUGAUAAGCAAUACCGAGUUAUGGAAAGAAUCAUUAUUGGUAAUUCUUUAAAAUGUCUCGCUCCCACUAAGAAACGCAGAAGAGAUGAGAAGUCUAUAAUAAGGUCACCGUUAAAGAGGAUUAAACGAGAUAUUUAA